AUUUUCUCCACGCUGUGUGUGAUUUCAAGGAAGAAAGUUUUGAACAAGCGGAUGUUGCAGAGGGUUCAACGACAGUUGGCGAAUUGUGUAUAAAAAGAUCUCCAUAUUCCUGGGUACAAUGGACUGUCUCUUCAUCAAAGUUUAUGAGGAUUUGGCGAAUAGUUCCGUUGGUAUCGAAACUCUCAUAACGCUUUUCAUUUACAAAUUAAUUGAUACAGAAAAAGUACAGCUAGUCAUUCAGUUUUGUUCACAAGUUCCAUCCGAACCUACAGUAAUCGUUGAUCUGUCUAACAUUAACUAUAAAUCAUUGACGAGUUUACCAGAAGUAACGUCUUGUUGUGUUUGGCCUAUAAUAGUUAGUAAGAAAAAUGUCGCCGCCGGGCUGUGCUCCGUAGCGAGACUUUUGGUAAAGAAAAGUGAGAAAACCCAAGUUAGAGCGUUACUGGGUUUUAGGGAAGCGUGUCUCUUAGCAUGUUCGGAGAGUUCGGUCUGGACGAGGUUUUGCGAGGUGGACGCCAUUUCCACAGCAAAAAAAUUGAUCCUCGAUGAAUAUUUUGUGGACCGCAAGUUCUACCUGCCGGAAGACGUGGCACGGUUCGAGUUCCACAUGUCCAAACCCGUUAGAAUGCACAACGUUUACAAAGCUGCGAGGGAGAGGAAUAACGAUAAAGAUAUAAAUUCGAGCAUACCGAUCCAAGAACUGAAUUUAACUCACUCGUACGGCGAAGGAAUGACGAUGACGUUAGCCGAUGUUAUUUUGUUUCCUUGUUACAAGAUUUUCUUUAGUAAGUGUCCGCUUGAUUUGCUUCGAGAUAAGAUCCCUUUAACGAUUGAGUGGUUUCGACGAAUGGAGCGGUGCGAUUUACCUACAUUGAAAUUUAUGUUAACGUCGACUACGAUAAAAACGAAUGAAAUCGUGGAGCCUCGUUUUGCGAAGCACAGCUUGUACACUGCGGAUCCGAGUAGAUACCGACCCGAGAAACGAAUUUAUACGAAACAAAACGACAUCGACGUGGCUGUGAAAGCAGUGAGUCCGUUAGAGAACGAAAUCGUUAAUGAAAUUUUACCGUUCGGGCACGACUUAGCUUUCGAUUGGUCCGAAAUACCGCUAGAAGCGAACCCUAGCGGUGGCGCCUUGCCCGAAAAACGAGCGAAACGCAAGCAGGAGCAACUAGAAAACCUCGUGAAAGCCGUUGUUAAAAUCGCCGGAAAUAAACGGUACAGAAUCGUGGAUUUUUGUAGCGGCAGCGGACAUCUGGGUAUCCUUCUGGCGGUGUUACUUCCGAAUUGUGACGUGGUGCUAGUCGAGAACAAGGAAUGUUCGCUUUCGAGGGCGAGGGAAAGGGUGGCCAAGCUCGAACUGGGAAACGUUAUCGCCGUUCAGUCAAAUCUCGAUUACUUCUGUGGCGAUUUCGAUAUCGGCGUAACGUUACACGCCUGCGGCGUCGCCACCGACUUGGUGAUUCAGAACUGCGUCGAAAAAAAUGCUCAUUUCGUGGUUUGUCCGUGUUGUUACGGCGGAAUUAAGGAUUGUCACCACCUGAAGUACCCCCGGAGUAAACAGUUCCAGAAGCUGGAUUUAGGGUAUAAAAAUUACUUGAGCCUGGCGCAUGCUGCGGAUCAAACUCACGAGGCGGAUAACGCGAAAACGAAGCAGGGUUACCUGUGCAUGGAUAUUGUCGAUACGGACAGGAGGUUGUUCGCUCAGAGUUGUGAUUAUAAGGUACAUUUAGGGAAAUUGCAACCCACUAGUUGUACAAAUAAAAAUAAUUUGCUGAUCGGGUUGUACAGAGGGAAAGAGUGAAUUAUAUUUUGUAAUGUGUAAUAAUGUUAUUGACAGUAAUUUUUUUUAAAUAAAAACUUAAAAAUGUU